AUUUUGUAGCACACGAAUCAUUUGUUGCUAGGGGCUCCUGGAAUCAUGGACUGGUUAGGGGGUUUUGUUGCCCUGGAAGGAGACAGUGCAAAAGUGAUGCAAAAUUUUGUAAACUCGACAAACAUCAUCCGACCAUACAUUGGUUAUUCGUCUUCAAGUGGAAGGUAUUUUUCCGAUGGACUGACCUACUUUGCAUUUGGAGCACCUAGAGCAAGCAUGUCCGGCAUUGUAUUGUUCUUCAGAUCAAACGAAGCACAACAUUCGUUGCAAAGCGCUUCAAAGAUAUUACAAGGCAGCGUUAACGGAAAGAUUUUACCAGCGAAUUCCUAUUUUGGAGCGACCUUGUGUACAAUGGAUGUCAACGGUGAUGGCAUGGACGAUUUGCUUGUUGCAGCCCCAAUGUACAGUACCUUUGAAAACAAUGUUUUCUCAACGGAGAACUUGGAAAUCGGACUUGUAUCAGUCUAUCUGGGAUCAAUGAUGAUUAUGGACUUCAAAGCAUCGCCGCAGAUGUUGACAGGAACAGAGGUUCAUGAGAGGUUCGGAAGUGCCAUUGCUGACCUUGGAGACAUAAAUUCAGAUUCCUUCAAAGAUGUUGCAAUAGGAGCUCCAUAUGCAGACGGCUUAAGAGGUGCAAUAUACAUCUACAAUGGAUACACUGGUGGCGUAUGGCCUAAAUAUUCUCAGCGAAUAAUGGCUUCUGAAAUUGAUACGGGGCUGAGAGGGUUUGGAAUUUCAAUUUCACAAGGAAGAGACAUGAAUUUUGAUGAAAUAAAUGAUAUAGUAAUAGGCUCCUACUUGUCAGACCAAGCUGUCGUUUUGUACGGAAAAUCAGUGAUACAUGCACAUAGUGACUUCAGCGUUGUUGACAGCAGAGGCUCUCUAACAAAUGUUGUCGAAGUAAACGGUGACAGGAGGGAAUCCGUCUUGGUUUGUUUCCAUUACUCUGAUCGGCGAUGCAGUUAUCUUAUGUUAAACUUGACAAUAACCUUGGAUAUAAAAAAACGGGGAUCAAGCAAGGAUUGUAUUUGAGACAAAUAACCAACCAACCUUGUCUCACAGUUUAAAAAUAUUAAAUGAUGCUUACAAGUGUACACCGCCCGCUGUUAUAAAAACAAAAUCCACGCAUGAUCUUGUCAGUCCUUUAGAACUUCAGACCGAUUAUUCAGUAGAUGAGAUUCUAUGUCCUGGUCUCACCGUCAAAGCAGCAAUCAGUCAUUUUGAUGGAGCUCACCCUGGUGAUCCUUUAUUAC